GACGCGACGUACGAGAGAGACGGCGUGAGCGGCCUCACGAUGCGCGGCGGCUCGCUCGAGGCGCGGCUGCGCAUCUCGGAUCCCGACCGAGCGGCGCAGCUCCGGCGGCUGGGCAUGGCAGAGCCGCCGAGGCCGCUGACGUGGCGGCAGCGCGUUCGCAUUGCGUGCGAGGCGACCGAGGCGCUCGUCUACCUCCACUCGAAGGGCAUCGUGCACCGCGACGUCAAGCCGGACAACAUCCUGCUCGACGAGAAGCUGACCGCUGUCCUCGCCGACACGGGCUUCGCCAAGGACCAGCGGCCAGACGCGUCCGUCCGCUGCAGCUCGACUGCCGCCCUUUACAUGACCACGGGCUACCUCUGCCCCUCGAUCAUCAAAGGGGGCGAGUACUCGAGCAAGACGGACGGCUACGCCAUCGGCAUCACCCUCCUCGUCUGCCUCACCAACCGGUCCGAGGUGCAGCUCACCGACCGGUGCGAGGACGAGUUAGAGGAGGACUGGACCGACAUCGACGCG